CUGUUGUCCAAACAAUGAGGCCAUGCAGCCAAUGUAUUACAUGCGCAUACGCCUGUGUCAGAUAAUGAAGAAGUUUAAGUGAAAAGCUUUCCUCAGCAUGGGUAUCUAAGCUGUCCCUACUUUCGGAGUCAUCAUACACAGAGCGCGAGCAAUGAAAGCAACACCAAGAAAGGCGGAUCCGUACCUGUACCAAUACCUUGCAAGAGCGGCAAAAAAGGAGCGAGAAGCAGAGACAAGAGAGCUAGCAAGAACGGACCGCCCGCACCUGCCAGAUAAAUGCUGGAUGAAAAAUUUUCAUUUAGUGGCGACUCGAGCCGGGUCUGCCAGCCCUAUUCCGUGUUCGGCGAGCCUGAAGCCGAGGACAAGGGGCGUGCCUUUUCCACACGCAUGCUCGGUACUGCGAUGCUGCCGCCCGGGCACGCAUGUCUCGCAGAGCGAAAAUUUGCUCACGUCAAAAACCAAGGGUCGGCGGUCCCAGCGCUACAAAAAUGGAGGCACCUCGCGCUCGUUGCAGGCCUCUCUUUCUUUUUCUCCUUCUCAUCUGGUCCGGCAACCUUUAAUUCAGAGCCAAAUUGACACAACCCCUUUUUAUUUCUCACGUUCACCUCUCAGCCUCGCUAUUCACACAGCUGCCUCGUUUGUAAACUAGCCAGAGAAACGAGUGCCUCCGCAUAAGCACUCUCUUUUCCCUCCGUCACUUUUUACUCUCUAAUUCCUUUUCUGUUCUUUUUCAA